CACAGCGGCGCUCGGUGGACAUGGACGGGGCCGGCAUGUCGGCGCCGCCGGAGCACGCCAACUCCUCGCAUGCGCCCAACGGCAGCGGCGGCGGGAUCAGGGUGGAGAAUUGCUACGUCUUCAAGAGCAGGCUGCAGGAGUACGCGCAGAAGGCCGGCCUCAUGGCGCCGGAGUACCAGACCCUCAAGGAGGGGCCUUCCCACGAGCCAGUUUUCAGGUCCACCGUGCUCAUCAACAACGCCAAGUACGAGUCGCUGCCCGGGUUCUUCAGCCGCAAGGCUGCCGAGCAGUCCGCUGCCGAGGUCGCGCUCAUGGAAAUCGGCAAGUCUGCUGCGGCGGCCACCAAUGCGAGCAUCCCUGCAGUCCAAGAAACUGGCCUGUGCAAGAAUCUUCUUCAGGAGUAUGCUCAGAAGAUGAAUUACGCUAUUCCAUCAUAUAUUUGCAUCAAACAAACUUCAGGAGUAGGUUCUUUCAUAUGCACCGUAGAGAUUGGUGGAAUACAUUACAUUGGUGCCACAGCACGUACAAAGAAAGAGGCAGAGAUAAAAGCUGCCCGAACUGCUCUUCUUGCCAUCCAAGGCCAAUCAGAGGGUUGUGCAAAUGGUAGCACAAAAUAUAUUGUUGUGCCUGGAAAAAGGCAAGGUAAGGAGCCAGAGAAAAGGCCAAUUGAAACUCCAAAACCACUCAAGGCCAAAAAAGGUGGUUUCAAGAAGCAACGGAACAAGCAGAAAUUCAUCAAGAAUAAUGGCCAAGCAGUUAAUGUAGAAAAGAAUGAAGAAUUGCCUGGAGACAGUCAUCAAUUUGAUGUUCCCAUGGAGCCAGCGGAAACAACACAAGAUCCAUCCAUUGACACUGUAAUGCUGCAACCUGAUGAAGAAACUAUAAGAAUGGACCAUGAGCCGAUGAGUGACACUGCGAUUCUGCAACCUGAUGUGGAAGCUAGAAAAGUAGAACAGGAGUCACCCAGUGACACUGCAGUUCUGCAAGCUCAUGAGGAAGCUGGAAGAGUUGAACAUGAACCACCCAAUGAUACUCCAAUGGUUCUACAUAAUGAGGAAUCUAGAAGUGUAAAGCAGGAGCCACUCAUUGACACCGCAAUGCCUCAACCUCAUGUAGAAGAUAGAAGUGUGGAACCAGAGCCACCCAGAGAUGCUGCAAUUCUGCAAGCUAAUGAGGAAGCUGGAAGAGUUGAACAGGAGCCACCCAGUGAUACUCCAAUGGUUCUACAUAAUGAGGAAGCUAGAAGUAUAAAGCAAGAGCCAUUCAUUGACACUCCAAUGCCCCAACCUCAUGUAGAAGAUAGAUGUUUGGAACCAGAGCCACCCAGAGAUGCAGCAGUGGUGCAACCUAAUAAGGAACCGAGAAGUGUAAAGCAGGAGCCACUCAUUGACGCAGCAACACCUCAACCUCACGUGGAAGGUAGAAGUGUGGAACCGGAGCCACCCAGAGACGAAGUGAUGCAACCUAAUGAGGAUCCUAGAAGUGUAAAGCAGGAACCACACAUUGACACUGCAGUUCCUCUACCUAAUGAGGUAGCUAAAACAAGUGUGACUAAUGUGUCUCCGAACGACUCCACAAUAGAGCAGCAACCUAAUGCAGAAGCUACAAGCAUAAAGGAGGAGCCACUGAGCAACACAACAGUACCACAACAUGACGAAGAAACUAGAAUUGUAAACCAGGAGCCACCCAGCAAUGGUUCAUAGCUGCUACCAAUUAAGGAACCUAGCGUUUAAGAACAGUGAAUCUUUGUCCAAACACAAGGGCCAAACUAUGGGAGAUAUGCCAGAUCAUUCAUCUGCCUUUAUGAGCGCAAAAUAAAUUGUGGUGCUUGAAUCAAAAUGGGCCUUUCAGUUUUACGUCUUGAUCUGUAUUAAUUCUGAAUAGCUGGCUUUGCAAUUUAGAAAUUUUUGCAAAACAGAUGAGAAGUAUUUGGGCGGAGCAUAGUUAGCCUAUGCUUGCCAUUAGUUAUUAGAAAGUUUGUAUGCCUGACAAUAUGAUCUUGGAUCCAUCUAUGUUAAGUAGUCUGAUCUGAUCAAUGAACUAUUGUUAAUGAAUAAU